GAUGACACAGUCAUACUGGAGGAGCGUGAGAGUCCAUCCAGAAAGCGACAGAGGGCAGAUGAAGAGGCCAAACAUGUGGUUGAGUUGGCGCUUGCGAGGAGACCUGGGGGGCAUCGUAUCACCAAAGAGUACCACUGCACCAAAAGUCUGACUGACUCCUCACACUGACAAAUGAUCAACAUACUUGUGGCUGACAUGACAGAAAAGCAUGGGACGGCCCCGCCACGGAAUGUGAGAGAGAUGUAUGCCCGAGGCAUAGUUGAGCUCUCCCCGUACUUGAUGGAUCCCUACUCUAAAAAUGGAUAUGAACAUGUCUAUGAUGGUGAAAGUGGCAGUGGCUAUCUGGCUUGGCGGCUUAAAACUAUACAGAGGAGAAGUGCUUUAUCAGAGAGCAGAAGUUCAUCACCUCAGUUGACUGGAGGGCCAGCUGCCAGAGGAGAGGCUCCCAUUAGUCCUGAGAUGACCUUAAGUGAAGAGCAGUGUCAACAAGCCAUGGCCUUAAUGAGAUACUGUACUGACGAAGCUACUAUCAAACAGAAGAUGAAAAUGACUUUUCAACAUUGUCGCAGUAUGGUCCUUCAUGCAGAGAAAUCCUCAGAUGUCUUGACUGAAUUCCCCUGCUUCAAAGUUGUCAAAGGCCUGAUUGAGCAAGACUUCAUCCUGCAGUUUGGAGAAGAUGUCGCUGCAAGAUUUAUGGAAAGGAAACAUUUAAACUCUAAACAUGCUGAGAACAUUGAGAGUGAAGCUGAAACAGAUGGCAUUGUAGACAGUUACGAUACUGCAGAUGAUACUCGGUCACAACAUUUUGAAGGAGUGGCCAGUAGCUCUAAAGCCCUGCCAGCACCGAACAUCAAUACUCGUGAUAUGUGUGCACCUGCUAUAGCGCAGCUUCAAGUUGCUGGUAACGUCAGGUCGAGCCCACGAUACGGUGUCCUCUCACUGUCGGUGGCCUCGGCAGUCGCAUGGGGAGACGGUUGGUCAGGAGGGCGAGGGCCUUAA